AUGCUGUCGAAAGACCGUCUCGAAUUGAAGGAUUUUUCUCUCAUUCGUUGCGAAUGUCUCCCAUGCCAAGAGAACGGCGUCGACUGUGGAUGGUUCAUGGGUCUUUACGCAGAACGGUUUGUAAAAGAUAUGAGUUGGAUGGUUAUGGCUGAUGAUGACGUCCGUCGCCUGCGGUUAAGUGCUGACGAAACGAAAGCCUUUCGUGAGCGGAUAAGAAACAUUCGUAAGGAGGUUGGCACGUACAUGGAAAGGUACACAGGGCGCGCUUGA